GGCUCGCAGCCCUCAGUCUCUCCUCUCCGCUCGCUGAAGAAGCUUCUCUCUGCUUCUGGUUUUUUUUUUUUGCCCCUCUCUCUCUCGCACGCACCAGAUUUUUCUCUCCCCCCCCCCCCCCACUCUUCUGCCUGAGCUGACAACAGCAGACGCAGCGGCGGAGGGUCUCACUCGACCCCCCACCCCCCUGCGACUACUUCUGCACCCAUGCUGCCCUGGAAAAGGAAUAAGUUUGUUCUGGUGGAGGAUGAGUCCAAGAGUAAACCCAAGAGCCUGGGCACCGGGCUGACCUACCACUCCAUCCUCUCGUCCCUCCUGCGCUCCUGUCCGGACCUGCUGCCCGACUGCCCCCUCGACUGGGUGGGCAGCAUCUUCCACACCAAGCGGCAGAAGGUGCAGCUGAACAAAGAGGAGCCCGUCUACGGCGUGCGUUACCUGGGCAGCGUGGUCACCAUCACGGCGAAGGGAGACGGCUGCACCCGGGAGGCCGUGGCCAAGAUCUGGGCCAGGAGCAACUACGGGGAGCAGAGCGUCAAGAUGAGGCUGACGGUGGGGCCGCAGGGCAUCCGGAUGAGCGCCGACAAAUCGGGGAAAAAGAAACCCGUCCACCUUUACUCCCUCAACAGGAUCACCCACUGCGGCGCCGACCCGUCGCGCCCCAAGAUCCUGGCCUGGAUCUACAGGCACCAGGUCAAGAACAUGGCCGUGGUGCUGCGGUGCCACGCCGUCCUGGUGGGCAAGCCGGAGAAGGCCCGCGCCGCCGCCGCCAGCCUCUUCCGGAACGCCACGUCCGCCUUCGGCGAGUUCAAGCGGCUGAAGCGCCAGAGCGACUUCCGGCACUGCCAGCAGCAGCUGCUGGGCGAGGACGCGGUCCCCCUGAUGCCGCUGAGGAGGCUGCUGAACGGGCAGUGCCACUACAGGCCGGCGGCCGACAACCCCGGCGGCGCCGCCCGCCUCUGCUCCAUCGCGGAGGAGGAGGAGGAGGAGGAAGAAGAAGGACAAGCGGAGGAUGGGGACAGUGAAGACGAGAAGCAGGCGAUGGAGAAGCCGGCGGCGGGGCACGCGGCGGCGCAGCGGCGGGCAACGAUUUUCACCACGAGCACGGACCCGACUCAGCUGCUGUCGGAGUUGGACAUCGGGGACAUCGCCAGGCUGGAGCACUGCCAAAUCAACUUUGUCAGCGACAGCAACAGCAGCACGUUUACGUUCGUCACGUCUCUGGUGUGACGGUUUCGGAGAGAGAGAGGCCCCUCGCCGGCAAACCCCCCACAAACACACACACACACACACACACACACACACACUCAGGCCCCGUCCCGUCCACGUAACGUGAAGCGUUUGCUUGUGGAGACGAAGGCGGGACAGCUGUUUUGCAGACAGGCGGCCCGGAGGCCGGGUGGACUUUUUUGCAGUUUUCGGGAGACUGCGCGUUUACAAAGACGAGCACAAUGAUGGAG